AUGGGCUCGCAUAUUUUUGAGCCUCAAACAGUCAUCAGGUCCCUUCGUGGGCAGACUCUUCACGUUCCUGAUCUUCGUGACAUCUUCAAGGAUUGGCCAGUACAGGCCAACGCCCACCAAACCAACAUCAUCCCCAUUGUCGAAGACGCAUUUGAUCGCUUGAUCAAAUAUCCCGCCCUCCGAGAGAAAUAUCGAGAGGCAAACUAUGCCAGAUUCGUCAGCCUCUACUACCCUUACUCAGGUUGGGACCGGAUCAAGAUUUUGGCACUCUACAUCGUCUGGCUCUUCUGUUGGGAUGAUGCCAUUGAUCAGCAGGGAACCGGAGAUUUGAGCGACAACCUCAUAAAGGCAAAAGCACACCGUAAUAAUACCACAAGAGUUCUUGAGGAAGUUCUUGGUCUUGCAUCCGACAGCGGUUGUGAUGUGAAGUGCGACCAUGUUAACGCUGAGCUGAAGACCAUCGGGAAUGAACUGCAAAAGGCGUACACCCUAGGACAAAGACAAAAAUUCAUGGCACAAAUGCGGUGCUACAUCGGGAACUGCGAUAAAGAGCAAAGUCUUCGACUUAGCGGUCUGCUUCCUGACUUUGAGGCUUACAAAGAAAUACGACACGGAACUGCAGCUGUCUGGACUCUCUGUGCUCUUAUUGAAUUCAGCAUGGGAGAAAGCAUUCCGGAACAUAUUCGUGACAUGGUGGAGCUGCAAACCAUCUGGGAAGAGACCAGCAGAAGCAUUUGGAUCAGCAACGAUAUUCUUUCCCUCAAGAAAGAGAUUCCAGUGACGGGCGGUACCAUUGAGAGUAUUGUUAACGCCGUCCCAAUCCUCAUGAUUGAGGAUAACAAAUCGCCUCAACAAGCUGUUGAUGCCCUGCUCGCUGACCUCUCUAUCUCUGUUGCCGCCUUCGAGGCCGCAGCGGGUGUGCUGGAGAAGGCGGCUGGAGACAAAAGUCGAGAGACUAUACUGAAGUACUGCGAUGCAUGCCGAUGUAUGGUCACCGGCUCCAUUCAGUUUUCGUAA